UGUCAGGUUUCCUGCUGCCGCCGACUGCUCCUCUCUCAAAUUUGCUCCCGCAACUCAAGACAAAAUCGCCUGACGAUGGUUUGUAUUUUGGUUCGCUUUGCCAGAAUGCUCGAGAAAUGAUGCAACAGAUUAUUUUUUCCGUCUUCCUCCGGGGAAAAGUGCCUCUUGAAUUUUGCAAGAGCCAAAAGACAUGCGCAGCUCUCCUCGAGGCGUUCUAUAGACAGCGAUUGAGUCGCUAAUUAACUGUACUUUCUCGGACGCGCGCACACACAGAUGUCUGUCCUGUCUUUCUCUCGCGCUGUUUAUUUUCCAGCCUCCAUCUGGAGUCUGCUGAUAUUGUAAUCGCCCUAAUGCAUAUUGCCUUCCCCUCACGCACGCACAAUGUGCCCGUCCUGACGAGCCCCCUUUCAUAUUCUUUUCUUAUUCCAAAAAGAUAAGCUUCUCCUCUGGAUGUGACUGUGUCGGCGUGCAAAUACGCCAGGUGAAUCCUUAAAAAGGCCAGCCGCGGCGGCAAAGUGAAGACGUUGCCUGCUAUCACCUCCGUUCUGCACUUAAAAAGAUGGAGUGCGCCAAUGUGUGUGUCUGCGUGAUUUUGAAACCAUUAAGAGCCCAAUACACUCACAUUUGUCAGAAGGACAGUUUCAUUUUUUUAUACGAGCUGCUGCAUUCGGUAGACUUACUUUGAACUCAGGAAAGCGAGUACCAUAGGAAAUUAAAUACAGUAUCAAAAAUAAUCAAAUAAGAUCGAGAUGUCAAUUUCACGUCAACACGCCGCCAGAACUGAAUCCAGUUUUGCUCUUGAUGCGUUUUACGAGUGUCUUGUUGACGCGGCCGACAAACUGCCCGCCGUUGUGAAAAAGUGCCAAUUAUUUUGUUUGCCGAUACAGAAAGUGCUCGACAGUAAAAGCGGCGUUGACGCUCUGGGCAAGAAGAAGAAGACGACGGUCAAUUUUCUUUCCGUGCGGUCGAGAGUAAAACACCUCAUCUAGUUUAACUUGUUCUAAACCAGGAAGUGGCUCAAUUAGGAACGAUGGCAAUGCCGAGGAAAGCGGUGCAAAAAUUGAACAAAAUUCUUGGCUCCCUCCACGUGAUUAUUAUUUACUUCCCGAUAUUUGAAAGCAAGUGCAACUUUAUCAAGGUAUUAUUUUAAAAGCCCAGGUUCAUAGAGCGAACGUCUUGACCAAAGCAAUCUCGCAGACACGCAAUAAAAAAUUGGGGGUAAACUCGUCCCACCUCGUCAGUCCGAGGAAUAUUUUUGCAGAUGUUGCGAGAUUGUUUGGCUUUUGCGGCAAUGAUUUCUUGGCCAUCUGUUUCCUGCAACACCGUCCGUCACCUAUGUGUCUUUAUCAACAUCUGCUUUUGGCUACAGCCCGCACCCCCUGCCGCCGCAUGUGCUAACUAUUAGCAUGUCAUAGCCUUGAGAAAGUUAAAUACGUUUCGGUCUUUGACUCCUUUUUUGCCUUGUUUCCAUAACUGCAAACGAUUUGGUGGUUUCACACAUCCCCGUGCCGUGUUAGCCGUUAGCGACCUGAAAACCCAAUUUUCGGAUGCUGUGGUUUUAGAACAAUGUGUUUUGCUGGUGAGUGCAUUUCCUCCAUUUCAAAAAUCAAAAAGAGUUGUGAGUGAAAGUGACAUAUUCCCUUUUCUCUGCAUAUUUAGCUGAAAGUCACACGUGACAGGGCUCCCGAAAAGGCCAGCGGUACCGUGGCGGGCUCAGAGCAUCAAGCAAGCGAGAAAGCAGGCCGGCCUUAGUGACCGCAUGGAAUGUUUCCACCAAAAUAGCCUCCACAAUCGCAACGUGGCUGACGGAGACUUGAUGGAAAACAGCGGCCGACCGGCCAGGCAACAGGAACCGGGCUGGGCCAGCCACACAAUGGGCCUUCAGAAUGAGAGGAACCCAGAUAGCCCUGCCGCUCAGGAACCAGAAGAGGAACCUGCAAUGGCAGAGGACGGGAACACCGGGCUGCUCAGGAUAUGCAGACGCACAGUGCUCAGGAUGUUUGUUUUUGCUUUUUUUUUUUUUUUUUUGAUUGGGGCCGCGGAUGCAGGAGCCUUGACGGCAUCGGGAAGUGCGACCCCGGCUCAUCCUGGCCGUCCUAUCAGGCUUCCUCUGAGGCCUGGUGGGAAGCCCACGUAUGCCAAGGAAGAAGACUACUCCACUUAUGGACUCCUCUGCGGCUCUUUCCUCCAGAAUUUACGGAAAAGCUGAGGCGAGCAUGAAAAGAGCAACAGAUUUGCCUGAAAUGUUACGAUGCGCCAUGAAUAGCUUAGCAUCCGUCUGCAGAAGAGGAAGAGUGCGAAGGCGGGCCCAGAUGGUUGGGGACCUGCCGCACGCACCCCGAGUGUGCGAGGUUUCACGCAUCUGCUCUCCUUGCGCCAUUUCGGCUGUUUUGGUGCACCUCCCCAGAGAUCGCCCCCACCCCCCCUCAGAAAAUAUGCGUCGUACGUCUCGGAGUCGCUGUUUUGCUUUCAGCAGCACGACUCGCUACCAUCUGCAGCAGUCGGGGGUCUGGCCGCCGCUCUUCUCCUCUUCGCUCCUUGCUUUAUUGAUUAUUGGCCACCCGGGGAGGCAGCCAGCCCGAGCUAACAGCUACCGGCAGCCCCUAGCGCGGAUCCUAAAAGCCUCGGAUUGUGGAAUGCAGAAUUGGACACAUAGAGAAGAAAAAGGUCUAUGUGCCUUUUCCUUUCAAAUGCUGCUCGUGUGUUAAGGCAAUAAACAAGCCAAUACGGAUGAGCCCAUGUUGUUGUUGUUGUGCAAACAUGUCAAGCUGACAUUAAACGUGCUGUCUGCAUUGAGCACGCUUGUUUUAUUAGCAAGCGGAGUGUUUCUUAGAACCAAGCGUGGAGCUCCUCUGGCAAUUUCACUGCCAAGAGUCGCAUUUUGUCAUCCUCGCUUUUUUCUUUGUUUCUGCGUUGUUGUGAUGACAUUUGUGGCAGCUCGCCUCCAUUACUGGCGGUUGAAGAGCGUGUCGGCCUCGUUGGCUCGCAAUCAUCUCCGCACGCUUUUUCUCUCGCAGAAAUGAAGUGUUUUGUUGCCUUUUUUUGCGCCCUCGUGUGUGACGAGGACUAAACACGACGACAUAUGUUAAUCAAACGUCUGGAUGGCAGCAGACUGCUGCAAGGGUGGAGGCGCCAAUGACCCCACAGAAGAAGCAGAGGGGGGUGACAGGAAGUGUUUGGGGAUCAAUAUCGGCGUCCAUUAGUUGAACCUAGUGUAAACUCCACAAUGCGCAUGACACGCUGGACGUGCUCGGAAGAAGCAGUUGUAUGUCACAUGGAGUAGUGUUUCCAUGGCGACCGGGGUUGUUUUCCUCCCAGUUUUGGUGUUACUGUGUAAUCUGAAAUGUUUUUGUGGUGAAAUGGAGCAAGCGUAUUUCUAGCAAAAUGUUGUCGAGCGCCAGAAGGGGCUAUCUUGCCAGCCGUGGUUUUGGAAAACCUUCCGCUUUUUCUAAAACAGCGCCUCUAUUGGCAGGCGGGGAAAGUUCGGUUAUUGUCUGUUGGCAGCGUGGUACAUGGGGGAAAAAAAUGACCAUGACAAAAUGGGGUCAAGCGUCGAUAGAAACAUGCUCCAAUAGAUGUGAAACCAUUGCAAAGAAUAAAAGUGAGCAGCGUUUUUUAUUUUUUUUUCUUGUGUGAUGUGUGAUUUGGUGGGGGCCCGUGGAAGCUGGAGCAAGGACAAGCCAACGCCAGCGGAGCGAGAAGUCGCUGGCGGUGCACAGAUGGUCGUCCUGGGAAGCGCUCCACCAUGCCCGACUCACCUGCGGAAGUCAAGACGCAGUCCAGGUUAACCCCACCCGCCAUGCCUCCCCCGCCCAGCACGCAAGGACCUCCCCGAAACAGCUCCUACACCCCGACCACCCGUUUCUCCCCUCCCCCAGUGACGAACGGCAGCAGUAGCCACUCGCCCACGGCGCUGAACGGGGCGCCGUCGCCACCCAACGGCUACGGCAACGGGCCGGGCUCAUCCUCGUCGUCGCUGGCCAAUCAGCAGCUGCCGCCAGCGUGCGGCGCCCGGCAGCUGAGCAAGCUCAAGCGCUUUCUCACCACGCUGCAGCAGUUCGGCAACGACAUCUCGCCCGAGAUUGGCGAACGUGUGCGCACACUCGUCCUCGGAUUGGUGAAUUCCACGCUAACCAUCGAGGAGUUCCACUGCAAACUGCAUGAAGCCACCAACUUCCCCCUGCGACCUUUUGUCAUCCCCUUCCUCAAGGCCAACCUGCCGCUUCUACAGCGUGAGCUCUUGCACUGCGCCCGUCUGGCCAAGCAGAACCCGGCGCAGUACCUGGCACAGCACGAGCAGCUGCUGCUGGACACCAGCACCUCGUCGCCCGUCGACUCAGCCGACCUGCUGCUCGACGUCAAUGACAACGGCAAGAGGCGCACACCUGACAGAAGCAAAGAGAACGGCUUCGAGCGCGACGGCGCCUUGCACGGUCCCGAUGUACAUCUGAGCAAGCGGCCGUGCACCGUCAGCCCCAGCCAGCGCUUCAGCCCGUCCAACGGCGUGGCGUACCCGCCCAACGGGGUGGGCCACCCGGGGGGCCCGCUGCCCCCGCCGCCGCACUACCGGCUGGACGACAUGGCUGCCGCCCAUCACCACUACCGCCACCCGCCCACCAGUCACAGGGAGAUCCGCGAGAGGGCCCGAGCCAUCGGCAUCCACGGUGCGGGGGGCCGCCAGGACGAGGUGAUCGACCACCGGCUGACGGACAGGGAGUGGGCUGAGGAGUGGAAGCACCUUGACCAUGUAAGAAAACUGCUCAACUGCAUCAUGGACAUGGUGGAGAAGACGCGGCGCUCACUAACGGUGCUGCGACGCUGCCAGGAGGCCGACCGCGAGGAGCUCAACUACUGGAUCCGGCGCUACAGCGACGCCGAGGAGCUCAAGAAAAGCGUGGCCUCUGCCGCCGCUUCCAGUGGCCAGUCCAGGCAGCAGAGUCCUGCAGCGCAGGACAACACCACAACAGACAUUCACAGGGAGCUUCUACAUCGGCCUGUUUCUGGCUACGUCCCUGAAGAAAUCUGGAAGAAAGCGGAGGAGGCGGUGAACGAGGUGAAGCGUCAGGCGGUGUCGGAGCUGCAGAAGGCCGUGUCAGAGGCCGAGCGCAAGGCCCACGAGAUGAUCAGCGGCGAGCGCGCCAAGAUGGAGCGGACGGUCACCGAGGUCAAGCGACAGGCAGCCGAGGACGCGCUUUCUAUCAUCAACCAGCAGGAGGACUCCAGCGAGAGCUGCUGGAACUGCGGGCGCAAAGCCAGUGAGACGUGCAGUGGCUGCAACACGGCUCGCUACUGCGGCUCCUUCUGCCAACACAAAGACUGGGAGAAGCACCACCACGUAUGCGGGCAAACCCUGCAAGCCCAGCCGCCGGCACCGCAGCAGCACGGGGGCGCUACCGCCGCCCUCCCCACCCCCGAGACCCCCGCCCCGCUCAGUUCGCCGGCCUGCACCCCCAGCAGCUGUGCCGGCAGUCCGGCCCCCACGCCACCCGCCGCCCCCCGCUCUGCCACCCCAGGCACGCCGUCGUCAUCCUCCGCCCCGGACGGCCACUAGAGGGAGCCACGUACCUUGCAGCGUAAUGUGGGUCAUAUUGACCCGCCUUGACUUUAACAGCAAAGAUAUUCUUUGCUGCCAGUGAAUGAAUGUAAAUAGAUGCUCGCUUUUGGCUCCUCGUCGUCUCGCUCGUUCUCAUUGCCGCUAUUCUUGUCGUGUUUUUCUUGUAUAAUAGACGGAGCAGAGACAGCGAGCGGCAUUGUCCCGCCCCACUAAAAGUCAGAUCUGAGUCAACCACUGACGAUCCAACUUUCACAUUGUCGCAAAGGCAAAGUUGCUGUAUUGUCUUGAUGCAUUUCCGGCCAAGGUGAAGCAUCUUUUGAAAAGGCACUUGUCAUUCUCGCCGUCUUGCGUAGAGUUCACGUUUGGAGUCUGUGGUUGUCUCAGAUGGGCUGCUGGAGUUUUGAUUCUCCAUUCCUGAUCGGAUUACUCGUGCCCUCCCUGGAUUAUGACUUUUUUUCCCCACCAAUGAGCAAAGAUGCGGAAUAUUCAACGUUCCCUUUUUUUCUCACUUAUAACACCUACAAUGGAAUACGGAGGAAUUUGCAAGAACCUUCCAAAAUCCAAGUUGGCAAACAACGGAAUACAAAAUCACAAGAACGCAAAAAAUACAUUUUGGAUGCGACGAAGGAAUGAAAUGUUCGGAAACCCGUCACAUUUCAAAUUGGUGCUCUUUGCUUCCCUCUACGUUCGUAUGAGUCUCGGGUCUUGGCCCAAAAGGUUUGUACAAUUUUAACAAUAGACCACACAACGUCUUUACCCCGCCCAGUUGGCCGUCACCACGACGGCGACGUUUUCGUUUCUUGCCGUGCUUUCAUGUGACGCGUAUGUUCGAGCUGACCUUCCUCCUUCAUGCGAAUAAUUGCUUGCGACAUAUCAGAGCUGCUACUCGAAUCCGAGCCAGAAUUUUUUUUCUGUGAACUAGCGCAGGAAUGCAAACUGUUAUUUAUAUUUGUUUUUUGAAAACCGAAAUGUAUUUGCACUGUGGUGGGUGUUCCUUAUAGAGCAUGCUGAUUUUUUUUUCCUGUAUGUUAGCGUCAACGUGUUUUGACAUUGCAGAACGUGAACAACUCCCCCCAUCCAUUUUUCAACGUGAUAGCUACGCUUGGCUCUUCUCACAAUAGACAAUGACGCAUGUUGGUCGAUAUUUUGGAUUUUGUAGAAAAAUGACAAAACUGGAGAACAAAAACAAGUAAUUUUAACAAAUUUUCCAAAUGGCGUAUACACUGAUUGAGAGCUUUAACACUGCAAUGCACCAGGUUACGCACCCGCUCACACCCACGCGUGCACACACACACACACGUUAAAAACAGCCAAAGAUUUACACCGAGCAUCAAAUAAUUAUUUUUCCUCCUCCAAUGAAACUGGUGACUUCCUGAGUGACUUUUAACUGAAUGAUUUAAGCAAUAAUCAUAAAAAUUGCGGCAACUUCUUUUUUUUUCUAUUUGCAGGCAUUUUCUCAUUCCGCACCCAAAUUUUGCUUUAAGUGGCUUGGUGGAUUUCUUCCGGUCUUUGCUCUUUUUCAUUUGACAAUGCCAGUUAGCAGUUGCCAGUCCUUUGCCGCCAGUGGCCACCAUACCUGACACACACAAACACUUGGUGCCGCACACACACACACUAACGCAUAUGUGCACACACAGCCCAUGCAUGCACGUGCAACAAAAUGUGACCUCAGAUGAACGUUGUUCCAGUGCAUUGCUAAAGGCUUAAAAGUGUCCAAAAAGGUGUCUGACACCUCCGAAGCUGUGAAAAAUGAAAACAGCCCGGCUGUUUUCAACAUCUUUGUUUUUAGUAGCGACAAACGUGGGUUUAAAAAGAAUUGCGUAAAUUCUUUUGAUAUUUUGCUGCCGCUGCAAGUUUCACUCUACCUCUUUUCCACUACUUCUGGUCUUUUAUUUCAAAAACAAAGACAACAGGAAAUAAAGAACUCAACCCAAAGUGGAAGCUCAUACAGCUGUGCAAAACCAUCUUGCUAACAAUGCAGACCUCGUCAAGUUGUGUUUUUAUCCAACAUUUGUGUCUACGUCAACACCUGUAAAAAAAAAAACAUGGCCUCAAAAGAUUAUUGUUGUUCUUUACUCCCGAAGAAAUCUAUUCAUAAUGUUGUGAUGUUACAAGACCAAAAAGACACACAA